AUGACCCUUCCCUUCAGUCGAGUCCCAGCCCCGCCGGCCUCAAGACGCCCAACACGUCGUCCCGCUCCGCGUGCUGCCGGUCCCAGAGCUGCCGGCGUGUCCUGGAGACUUAAGGCUUUCCCGUUCAGAGUUCCCCACCGCUAGAACCACCCCACCAAUCGCCAUGUCUCAGAAUGUACUCGUAAUUGGGAGUGGUGGACGUGAACAUGCAUUGAGCUGGAAGUUGGCACAGUCACCUGAGGUGAAGCAAGUCUUUGUGGCACCAGGAAAUGUGGGUAUCGUCGGGGAUAAAAUAAAAUUGGCCUCUGUGGAUGUUAGCAAUCAUGAGGUUCUUGUUAAAUGGUGUGUGUCAAAUUCAAUCUCAAUGGUUGUAGUAGGUCCAGAGAAUGUUCUGGCUACUGGAGUAGCAGAUGCUCUUCAAGCAUCAAAGAUACAUUGUUUUGGCCCAAGUAAAAAUGCUACUCAAAUCGAAAGUGAUAAAAGUUGGGCCAAGGUUUUCAUGGACAAAUACAACAUUCCUACUGCUCGAUGGGGUUCUUUCACUCAGGCUGAACAUGCCAAAAAGUUCAUUAAGAACUCAGAUUUCCCAGCUCUUGUGGUCAAGGCGAGUGGCCUGGCAGCAGGGAAGGGAGUUGUAGUUGCUGCAAGUGCUGAUGAAGCUUGUGCUGCUGUAGAUGAAAUGCUCACUGACCAGAAGUUUGGCUCAGCUGGCAAUGUAGUUGUUGUUGAAGAGCUUCUUGAGGGUGAAGAAGUCUCUGUUCUUGGAUUUUGUGAUGGGAAAACUGUGAAAGCAAUGUUACCAGCUCAAGAUCAUAAGCGCCUUUUGGAUGGUGAUCAGGGCCCAAAUACUGGUGGUAUGGGGGCAUAUUGCCCCUGUCCUCUUUUAAAUGAAAAGGAGCUCAAAGAAGUUGAGGAAAGUAUUCUGAAGAAAACCAUUGACGGACUCAACAAGGAAGGGAAGGCUGGUAUCCCAUUUGUUGGUGUGCUUUAUGCUGGUCUGAUGGUGACUAAGGAUGGACCCAAGGUGUUGGAAUACAAUGCCAGAUUCGGUGAUCCUGAAACCCAAGUUAUUCUUCCCCUUCUUGACAGUGAUCUCUACAAAAUCAUGAUGGCUUGCUGCAAAGGAGAACUUCUGAACCAAUCCAUUAACUGGAAGAAAAAUACGUAUGCAGUAGGUGUAGUGAUGGCUAGUCGUGGUUAUCCAGAGACCUCCACUAAAGGAUGUGUGAUCUCAGGUAUUGAAGAUAUUGCAAGAAUUCCAGACCAUAUUGUCUUCCACAGUGGAACAGCUCCUUCAGCAAAUGGUGAUAUUGUUACCAAUGGUGGCAGGGUGCUGAUGCCUGUUGCUCUUGCGCCAAGUUUGCCUCUUGCUGUUGCUCAAGCCACCAGUGCUUGUGACAUUAUUAAAUUUGAUGGUGCUCAAUAUCGCCGUGACAUUGCUCACAAAGGAAUUUCAAGGUCAAUUUUAGCUUAUGGUCAAAUGACCUACAAAGCAAGUGGUGUGGAUAUCACUGCUGGGGACAAUCUUGUGUCUCGAAUUAAACCCAUGGUGGCCAAAACAAAACGAAGUGGCAUGGUUGGCUCGAUUGGAGGCUUCGGUGGUCUCUUUGAUGUUGCAGCUGCUGGUUACAAGGAUCCUUUACUUGUUUCUGGAUCAGAUGGUGUGGGCACCAAGCUCAAGGUUGCUCAAGCAUGUGGACUUCAUUCAUCAAUCGGAAUUGACCUUGUGGCAAUGUGUGUGAAUGAUAUUUUGGCCCAUGGGGCUGAACCCCUCUUCUUCCUGGACUAUUUCGCAUGCAGCUCAUUAGAUGUGGAGGUGGCAGCUGAAGUGAUAUCUGGCAUUAGUGAAGGGUGUCAUGCUGCUGGCUGCGCUCUUAUUGGUGGUGAAACUGCCGAGAUGCCUGGUCUUUAUGAACCUGGUGAUUACGACUUGGCUGGAUUUGCUGUUGGUGCUGUGGAAAAGACAAACCUCAUGCCUCGAACAAAGGACAUUUGUGCGGGUGAUGUGAUUAUUGCACUUCCAUCAAGUGGUGUUCAUAGUAAUGGUUACAGCUUAGUUCGUAAGAUUGUUGAGAACUCAGGACUCAGAUACUCGGAUCCUUGUCCAUUUUCUUCUUCUGGGAAGUCUUUAGGAGAGGAACUUCUAACUCCUACCAAGAUUUAUGUGAAGAAUGUUCUCCCUGCUUUGAAAAGUGGUCGUGUGAAAGCCUUGGCACACAUUACUGGUGGAGGCUUGACUGAAAACAUCCCUAGGGUCUUACCCCCUGGUACAAGCGUCAACAUUGAUGCCAAAACUUGGAACAUACUUCCAGUCUUUGCUUGGCUUGCUGCUGCAGGUGGUGUAAAUGAAUAUGAGAUGCUCAGAACUUUCAACUGUGGUGUGGGCCUUAUUCUGGUGGUCAGCCCCAGUGACGUCAAGGAAGUUAUGGGUCUCAUAGCUGGAGAGAAAGCAUCUGUGAUUGGUCACGUUGAGAAUCUACCAGCUGGUGAUGAUCACAGAGUAAAGGUCAGGAAUUUUGCCACUGCUAUGGACAGUGUCAUGAGACCCCUUCUCCCACCUGUCAUUAGGAGGCUGUCAAAACCAAAAAAGCGAGUAGGAGUUUUAAUUUCUGGCAGUGGAACCAACUUGCAGGCCCUUAUUGACAAAACACAAGACCCUGCUUCCAAUAUGGGUUGUGAAAUUGUAGUUGUCAUCUCCAACAAGAAAGAUGUUGAGGGCUUGAAAAGAGCAGAAAGGGCUGGUAUUCCUACUAAGGUUGUGAGUCACACUGACUUCAAGUCACGUGAAGAAUUUGAUAUGGCAUGCCACUCAAUACUUGAAACCGAGAGAGUGGACAUUGUGUGCCUGGCAGGUUUCAUGCGCAUUCUAUCUGGACCAUUUGUCAGAUUAUGGAGAGGCCGAAUGUUGAACAUUCAUCCUGCACUCCUUCCCUUGUUCAAGGGUACCCAUGCCCAAAAGCAAGCUCUUGAGGCAGGAGUUAGAAUCUCUGGAUGCACCGUCCACUUUGUUGAGGAGGAUGUUGAUGCUGGUGCAAUACUUGUCCAAAAAAUAGUACCAAUUAAGCAUGGAGACACUGAAGAAACUUUACAAGAAAGAAUUAAGACUGUGGAGAGAGAUGCAUUCCCAGAGGGCCUGAAGAUGGUUGCCAAUGGUGUUGUCUACCUUGAUCUUUCUACUAAUCGUCUUGUGUGGCGUGAUUGAUCAUAAGGAUUCAGUAAGACUCUGUUAUCUACUAUUGUUGAGACCCAUGUGAUUCUGUUUUUAUACUCCCUUAUUUUGAAUGAACUGUUUUUUAACAUUUUAUUUUAGAGCAAGAUUGUGUGGCCUUAUUGAAAUGUGAAUAUUGUUAAAUUAUGGAAAGUCUAUGUAAACUUAAGUAUUUUUUUAUGUUAUUAAAUGUGAACAAUUUUUACAAAA